UCUUUUAUAUAUUUGCUUACAACUUAUUUUCAGUACCUUUUCUACUUGGUCUCAACUUUGCCUUUUUGGUGAACAUGUCAAGCUCAAGCUCAUGUACUAAUUCUAGAGGAAACAUCAGAGAGCUCUUCAGUUUCCAUUGCGCGGCGGUAACCCUAAUGGAUUACGACGAAGAAAGGACGGCGAGAUUCAUAAGAGUGGGGGAAUUCGCCGUCAAUCUGCUAGUGCAAGCGACACAACACUAUUCCAUCUUGAUGUGUGCUUGUGUAUUGGGUGAGCUUCAAUGGCCCUUAGCAAAGAAUGCUCCGGUUAUCCGAAUCGGGUUAAGGGCUUUCGUGUUCGCCGUCCCCGGGCUGUUGUACGGCCUCCAGUUCCCUCCUUCCUGCAGUGCACAUGUUAUGGAUACUCUUGAAAGGGUUUUUCUCAAGUUCGGUCACUAUGAAGACACAAGUCAUGUGAGUGGAGGUUAUCCAUCACAAGACCAUGAACCACAAUUCUGGCAAAGAAUGCGUCUAAUAAUUGAACCACUGGCUCAUUCAGCACUGUCAAAACUGGGCCACGUCCCCGGAAGAUCGCCUUGGACCGCCGCUCACGAUGUCGAGCACUCGGGACUCGUGAGGGCGCUCCGUGUGUCGGCCACAACCAAGAUGAUCAGCCGAGACAUUAUCUCCGGUUCGGUGAAGGCAAUUCACAUCAACAUCCAUGAAGCUAAGACCCCAACAACGUGCAAAUCCGAGGAACACGAGAUUGUCGACAAUAAUAUUGGAGAUGAUCGGACGAUUUAUGCUUCUAUGAAUGUUUUUACCGAUCUCGUUGACGCCAUGGAAAUCGCUUGGAUGGUGGCUUCUAGUGAUGAUCAUCAUUCGUCGGAUCAACAUUUGUUGUUGAAGAAGAAGAAAUCUGAUGAUAAUGGUCAUUUGGUUUUUGUUGAUGAUGAUGAUGAUCAGAAGGAAGGCUUGAUCAGUGCUUGGAAAUGGAAUAAGCAAGGUAUUAUUGCAUUCAUGAAGGAACUAAAAUCUGCUGAAGAAGUAGAGGAGAAAAGACUCGAGUGA